AUGAAUACGAGUGACAUUAAUAAAUCUGUUGUUCGCUAAUUUGAGAUGAUUCGUUAAUCUAUCGAAUUAGCCAACAUCGCCAAUGAUAGAAGAGCUAGUGUUGUCAGAAGCAGUGUACAAGAUAUAAAAGCAAAAAAACAUAGCUUAGAAAACUCAUGCAAUAAAGUAAGACACGUUAAUGAAGAAGUAGAAGAAAUUUAAAUAAAAUUCCCAAAAAAUGUUUCUUUUGACAAUAAGGCUUAAACUCCCUAAAAUAAUCCAAAAAUAGAACAAUAAAAUUAAGAAGAAAAAGUAGUCGCUUAAGUUGAAGGACAAUUUUCUGAUCAUCAUGUUAUCUCCUUAUAAGAACUCUAAAAUAGACUUGGAACAAAUUUUGAAAUGGGUCUUAGCUAAUAGCAGGCUCAUGAAUUAAAUUUAGCUUGUGGUGAUAAUAAAUUAACUCCUCCUAAAAAAACUCCAACAUGGAUUAAAUUUAUUAAAGAAAUUCUUCAUGGCUUUGCUAUUCUACUUUGGAUUGGAGCCUUCUUGAGUUUCUUGGCUUAUGGAUUAGAUGAGUCAGACCCAGCAAAUUUAUACUUAGGUAUUAUUAUAGUUAUUGUCAUUUUCAUGACAGGAGGUAUCACAUUUAUGUAAAAUGCCAAAAGUGAAGCCUUGAUGGAAUCUUUCAAAAACUUGAUGCCUUAAGACUGUAUUGUAAUUAGAGAUGGAAAAGAACUUAAGAUUUCUGCUGAAAAGUUAGUUGUUGGAGAUGUUGUUCGUGUAAAGUCUGGCGAUAAAGUUCCAGCUGAUAUUCGUAUAUUAACUAGUAACGAAAUGAAAGUUGAUAACUCUCCCUUCACAGGUGAGACUGAACCUUUGCUUAGAACUACUGAGUGUUCAAACUUGAAUCCUUUAGAAACCAACAAUUUAGCUUUCUUUGGUACUUUAUGCAAGGAAGGAUAAGGUAAAGGUGUAGUCAUCAACAUUGGUGAUCAAACUAUGCUCGGUAUGAUUUCUAAUCUUUCAUCUAUAGAAAAGUAAGUAAAAACUCCCUUAAGACAAGAAUUAGAUAGAUUUGUUCUCUACAUUUCAUUUAUUGCAGUCUUUUUGGCCAUUCUCUUGUUUGUUUUAGCCUUAUUUGUCUCAAAUUAAGGAGUAUUCCACAGUCUCUUACUUGGUAUAGGUAUUCUUGUUGCCAACGUCCCUGAAGGUUUAUUAGGUAGUGUUACUAUUUCUUUAGUUAUCACAGCAAAGCGUCUCCACAAUAAAAAUGUCUUAGUUAAGAAUUUAGAAGCAGUAGAGACUUUAGGAUCUACCUCUUGUAUUUGCUCUGACAAAACAGGAACAUUAACUUAAAAUGUGAUGACUGUUGAACAUAUGUGGUAUGAUAGAAAGACUAUUAGAGCAGUUAAUAAAUCUUAAAUAGCUUCUAAUAAAGUUUUAGAGUACAAUGAAAGUGAAAUUUGUUUUAGAGCCCUUCAUUAAGCAGCUAUCAUUUCAAGUGAAGCAAAAUUCGAUACAUAAGGUGUGAAGGACUAAUCUAAUAUUAAUUGGAUCGAUUGUCCAACUACUGGUGAUGCAACAGAAACUGGACUUAUCAGAUUUUAUUAAUAUAUUGAAAGUAUUGAUAAAACACGUUCGAAAUAUGUUGUACCAAAAAAUAAAGAUGGUGCAGAUGCAAAGAUGCCUUUCAAUUCCAGUUGUAAGUUUGCAUUAACAGUUGUUGAAGAAUAAAAUGAAAACUCAGAAUAUUGUGCAUACAUCAAAGGUGCUCCUGAAAAAAUUUGGACUUUCUGCAAGUACCUUUAAACUUCACAAGGAAGUGUACAAAUAAAUAGCUAAAUCAGUAAAGAAUUUAAGCAUGUCAAUCUCUAGUUUGGUAAAAGUGGAGAACGUGUUCUUGGUUUUGCCAAGCUCCAAUUCCCUAAGAGAGACUAUCCAAAGGGAUUUUAAUUCAAUCUUUCAAAUCCUUAAAACUUUAAUUUCUAACUUGAAGGCUUUACAUUUGUAGGAUUAGUUUCUUUAAUAGAUCCACCAAAACCCACUGUCCCUGCUUCAAUUUUAGAAUGUAGAUCUGCAGGUGUUAAGGUUAUUAUGGUAACAGGAGAUUAGCCUCCUACCGCUACAGAAAUAGCUCGUUAGGUCAACAUUAUUCCAAGAGGAGUUAAGACAGUAGAUGAAAUAGCUGAAGAAAGAUGUAUUGACUGGUAUGAAGCAAUAGAUUUGUCUGAUGCAAUAGUUGUUCAUGGAGAUAGAAUUGUAGAGUGUAUUUAAAGGAAAAUUGAUGAAGAUGGUAAUGAAGAUAACAAAUUCUAUUACCUCUAACAAUGGGUAUAAAAACCUUAUUGCGUCUUUGCUCGUACUACACCAGCUUAGAAACUCUAAAUUGUUUAAGCAUGCUAAUCAGUAGGAUUUAUUUGCGCAGUAACUGGAGAUGGUGUAAAUGACUCACCUGCAAUUAAAUAAGCUGAUAUUGGUAUUUCUAUGAAUUUAUCAGGCAGUGAUGUAACAAAGGAUGCUGCUGAUAUGAUUCUACUUAAUGAUGAUUUUUCUUCUAUUGUUACUGGUAUUGAAGAAGGUAGAAAGAUUUUCGAUAACAUCAAGAAGACAAUCAUUUAUAUUUUAACUUCAAACAUCCCUGAACUUAUUCCUUUUGUCGCUUUUAUUAUCUUGAGAAUUCCUUUAGCUAUAACAAAUAUAUAUAUGAUUUGUAUUGAUAUUGGUACUGAUAUUCUUCCUUCCUUGUCUCUCGGUUAUGAAGAAGCUGAAAUCGAUAUCAUGACUCGUAGACCUCGUAAAAAAUUCGAGCAUUUAGUUUCUAAUAAAGUUAUAUUCCAUGGCUAUGUAUUGAUGGGAGCUAUUUCAGUCGGUAGUGGUUUCGCUGCAUUUUAUACAACUAUGAACCACUUUGGAUUCCCCAUACUUUCUUUAUUCGGACUUUCUACUAUUUAUGUAUAUGAACCUAAUUUGAGCUUUAGAUAAAACUCUCAAUUUAGUGACUAAAUUAAAUCAUUAGCUUAUUCUAGAAGAGAACAUGACACAAUCUUCCCAAGAGCUAUAAAUCCAACAGAUCUAAAUUUAGCUAUUAAUCCAUACUAUAAUCAAUUCUUUAUGUAUUUAGAUGGCUAAAAUUCAUGCAGAUACGACUUAAAUGUAGAAGAUGCAUCUGGUAAAAAUGCUUACACAUAUAGUCAAAUAGAUUGGGUAAAACUUGAUGAAGGCAAAAAAGAUUUACGUACCAUGCUUGUAUAUUGCGAUGAAUAAACUGAUCAAUGGACAGCUUUGAUUACAUGGUCAAUGUGCGAUACAACCGAUGACUUAAAUAAAUCUCCUCUUACAGAUUUAAAUGCAUGCUACACCACUGAUGCAUUGAAAUAUGGUCAAACUGCUUGGUUUAUAGCUGUUGUAUUCUUUUAAUGGACUAAUAUCUUUGCUGUUAAAUCUAGAAAACUCUCCUUCGUAUUUACUCCCUUUAACAAAGUUAUGAUAUCAGGUUUAGUUCUUGAAACUUUCUUAUGUAUUCUUAUUUCAGAAGUACCUGGAUUUUAAGAUGUCUUUGGAGGAAGACCCCUUGCUUUCUGGUAAUGGGGUAUACCUUCCUUCCCAUUCACAAUAUUUUAUUUAAUUUGGGAAGAAACAAGAAAAUAUUUAAUCAGAACCAACAAAUGGUUCGAAAAAUGGUCAUUAUGGUGA